AUGAUGGCGGUUCUUUUGACUCCGCGGUUCCGCAGGCUCAGCAGCCAGAGCGAGCUCCGACUGCAACGGCGAGAUGGUCUCCGGCUCCGGCUUAGCGCCGGCAGCGGUAUCAACCGGAGGAGAAGGACAGUUAUCACAGGAUGCUCGGGUCCUUUUCAAGCUACUCAGCUCUGGAAUGGUAUCAUUCACUCUCUUCACACGCAGGUGGAAAUAAAAAGAAGACGGCAACAUUUCCGAACUUAUAAAGACUGUUUUACUGGUUCAGAUGCUGUGGAUGUAGUGUUAGGUCAUCUUAUGCAGAAUAUCUCCUUAAGCAGCAGUGACAUCUCCCGUCUCAAUGGAGUGCGUCUUUGCCAAGCUCUCAUGGAUCAUAAAGUAUUUGAACCAGUAGGAAUGAAGCUAUUCAAAAGUGAAAAGGAAUUGGAAUUCGAAGACACAAAUAGCAGUCUCUAUAGGUUUCUGAGCCGUAAUCCCACUCCUGAUUUGUCUAAAAGAAAUGAUGAUCCUAAAAAUAUGGGGCUUAAUCAAAUAAAAGCAGAAGGACUCACCAGAAUAGAAGAUGAGACGAUUUCGAAUCCUUUAGCACAAGAAAUUGAUGAGAGGACAAUUGAAGAACUAAUUCAUACUAUAAAUGGGCAUACAUCUUUUCCUCCAGAUAUCACAGUUGAUAAACCAGUUUACGUGCUUUCAAAAAAAGUUGUGGAAGAUGUGUGGAAAGAGCAAACAUUGUUAAGACUCCUCCAAUUAAUUCACCUUCCAAUCUUAGAAAGUAUUUUAGAGCCUCCAAUAAAAAACCAGAAUGUUCAGUUGAACCGAGAGGAAGAUCUCAUCAUCUCCAACACUUGCUUAGAUAGAGAGGUUAUUCAUGGCCUCAGUUUGUCUGAGAUUGACAAUUGGCUCAACGCAGCAAUUGAAUGCCUGGAAUAUUUCCCAGACCAGCUAAUAGUGAUGGUUAGUCAGCAGCUAGUUCAAAACACUAACGAAGAAACAAAACUGAAUGUUCAUAAGAAGAUAUUCUUUGAUGUUAUAGUAAAAUAUUAUAAUCAAGAAAGAGAAUGUUUACUUAAUGACAGUUAUUCUGAUGUUCAUUCAGGAAUUAUUGAACUUCUGGAGAAGGGGAAGCGAGCAGAAGCUCUGGAAGCGUCUCAACUCUACCUGAGGCUCCUGUUCCCCAACAUCAGGGAAGAAUUACGCAGACUCCUCACUUUUAUGGCCAUAGCGUCAGAUCCUCAUGGCUACAAGUUACAAAAACAGUAUGAUAACAGAACAGUGGUCAUGAAAAUGCUUACCAAAGCUGUUUUGCAAAACAAGUCAUUAUUGAAAAUACAAACUGAGCGACUGGUCCAAUUUCUGCUAGAGAACCAUUGUGAGCUUCUUAAGACACCUUUGAAUUUGUUGGACUUGGUCAGUAGGAAAUUCAGAAGCCUUCUUCAUGGAGAAGAUCCAGAUCUUAUAUCAGGUUUCACGUUUUGUCAGCGUUUGACUCGUGAAGAAUAUGAGGGCCAAAAACAAAGGACAAGUGAAGAGCUCCAGCGGCUGAUUCAGGAGAUUAAUGUCAGCUCUAGUAUUCCUUUCAAACAGAAAAAGAAACUGAUGAAGGAAUUUCAGAAACAUCACCCAUCAGCUUUGAAUUAACAUUUUAGGGGCAAAAAAUUGGAUGCAGUUUUGUACA